AUGGCGGAUCCGCCUUCGAGCUCGGCAGGCGGAGAAAGCGGCGGCUGGGUUAAGGAGCAGGAAUACCUUCCAAUAGCUAAUAUAAGCAGGAUCAUGAAGAGGGCGUUGCCUCCCCCGGAAAUCGGUAAAGAAGACGCUAAAGACACUGUCCAGGAAUGCGUCUCUGAGUUCAUCACCAGCGAGGCGAGUGAUAAGUGCCAGAAAGAGAAGAGGAAAACUGUGAAUGGUGAGGAUUUGUUGUGGGUAGUGACAACAUUAGGAUUUGAGGAUUACCUUCCUGGAACCCUUGAAGCUGCAUUCACUUCUUCACCUCACCUUUUUCAAAGCUUUUAUAACUCAAAUACAUUAGUAGUUGUUGUUGGUACUCGACAUGACAGAGAACUGAUUGGGUCUUUUCAGUUGUGUUAG